AUGGAUCCGACCCGUACUAAGCUAAGCCGGAACUACGUCUGCCGCAUUCCCCUGCAAGCCUUCUCCGCAUCGCCUCCGCCUUUCCAACGAGAUGACAAGACGCAUUAUAUUGGAUGCCAUGGGUUGGGGCCUCUGUGUUUGCUAAUACUCUACCAAGUACCCAAGCGCACCCAAAAUUCCCCAUUUACCAGUCCCUUGCACCUCAUCAUCAAACCAACCAACUGGCCACACUCAAAAUGCGACCCCUCAAGUUCCUCAUGCUACCAACAAUCCUUUCUCUGGCGACAGGGCACAUCCGCAGACUGUCCCGCCAACUGGCUAGAAAAUAGCUUCCAUGUCACACGCUGCUGCUACGGCAACAUGGUCGUCGCUGAGAAAGGCGCCUACUGCUGCGUCUACGACCUAAGACCACCCACCGAGACGACAACCGCCAAUACCGCGACCACCACUUCCGAAACCGACUGGUCCACGGUUAACGAGUCGUGCGUUGCGAAGGUUCCUUUCACGGCCAGUGACUACUCAAGUCAAGUUUCGUCGGCAUCCAGCAAGGCCGUGGCUAGUACAAAUGCCUCGAGUGGCAAGGUGACUAGUACGGAUACUGCAGCAGCUGCAACCAGAACUGGCUCUGGCUUUAGCUCGUUUGUCGGCUCGCAGACACCUUCUACGACUUCGAAUGGGGCAAUUCCCAUUGCCACGGCGCAAGAGUUUGUGGCUGGGGGUGCGGCGAUUGCGGCGGCACUUUUUGUGCUGUGA